AUGUACUAUGCUAACCGAGCCCCGCCACCACCACCACCAUCAUCAUCAUCAGCGGCUGUGGCGGCACCCGUCCAUCCCCACCCCCAUCCCCAUCCACACCCCCCUCCCCCUCAGCAGCACCAGCCUGACGGGGCCAUGGCACCGUCGUCAGAAGAGGAGGGUGGGAACACGUCAGGAGUGUCCACCCUGAGCUCCACACGCUCACACGACCACCACGUCAUGUUCGCUAACCAGGCAUCACAGCUGGCCUUACAGGAACAGGUCAGCAGGCUACAGUUGGAAAACAGGAGACUGCUGGAGGAACUGAUGCAGAGUGAGAGACAGUACAACGAGUUGUUACACAUGCAGGUGGUGGACAGGCAACAGAUGGUCAGGCAUCUACAGUCAGAAGGAGAGCGGUCACGGCACUCCUCAGCUGGAAGUGCCAGCAUUAGUGUGACCAGUGUAGGCAGAGUGGUCAAGAGAGAUGUAGAACUGGACAGAUGGUUGACUGACCUGGGGCUGGACACUGCGGUGGCAGACAGGUUUUUUGAUGAAGAGUACAGCCUGCAUGAUGUGUUGGAGCUGAUGACUAGAGAUGACCUCAGGCAGUUGAACCUCAGGGGAGGGAUACAGUUACGCAUCUGGGACGCAGUCCUCAAGCACAGGACAGGAAGAACCAGCCCAGAGGAGAAGCCUGAGGAGCCAGACUAACAUCAAUCAUUAGUUUUAAUAAAAGGUACUUAGAUUUAUGUAUCGGAUGCAUGUACGUUUCAACAAAAUGUAAUUAUGUAUUUUUACCUUGAGUACAGUCAUAAUCACUGUGGUUAAAGCUUUAACUUAAGCUGUUAUCUGAAUUUGAUGUAGAUAUAUAAAUUUUAUUUGAAACUUAAAGGCAUCCAAUUAGACAUUUACAGGGCAGCAAAAUUGGAUGUUCAAAGUCAAUUUCUAUUCAGAAGUAAGUUGAAUCAACAUUAUUCCAUAGCACAUCUGUGAGGAAAAAAUGUAAAAACAGUUGCUUGUUUUGUACCAUAGGCUCAGGUUCUAGCCAAAAAUGUGCUAACAAAUGGCAAUAAAUAUCAAUAUGAGACAGAUUUCCUCAUCUAGGAUGUAUUUUGUUUUGCCCCAUAAAAUUGCAUUGGAUACCUUUAAGAUCGUAUCUAUCAAGAACGGUGAAUUUACUAUUUUGUGUUCUGUUAGGAUUGAUAAUAUAAGGAUGUUAUAAAUAAAUGUACAUACUGUGAACUGUUGGUUGUGUAUAUAGUGUUAUAGGUAAGAUCUAGAUCGGUUUAGUGAAAGGCAUACUGUAAAUCACUUUCAUGAUCUGAGAAAAAUGGACAUAUUCACGGAACUACAUUGUAUAUGUCCGCAGUGGUGGUAGCUGCAGAAAAAAGAAAGCAAAUUAUUUGUAAUAAUAAGUUUGCGCUACAGAUGGAAGUAAAAUUCAAUAUAGUACCGCCAAAAAAAUAAUGAUCUACAGUAUUGAAUUUUUCUAUGUGAGAUGGGAUCUCAUUGUUUAACCCCUUUCAAGCUACAUGUAUGUGAAUAGAUUGUUGAUAAUUUAAAAGAAAACUAUUCUAACUUGUAAUGUUCUAAAGAGCAACCACUCAAUUAUCUGAAGUACAUGUAGGAUUAUGCUAUGUAUAAAUUUCAAAUUCAAUUUGGUUCACUUUGGUUUGUAGCCCCAAGUCAGAAUAGUACUUACAUGUAACGUUAUCUAGGUCUAGUGAUAUGAACUGAAAUAUUUGAAAAUCUACUGACCACCAUUUUAGUUACCAUGGUUAUGAUAUAACUUCAAGAUAUCAUUUAAUGAUGUUUUGGAAGGUGAUGUCAUCACCUGUGAGAAAAGAAAGCUCUUUUAUCAAUUUGAAUAAGUUUUAAUCAUGAGUGAACAUCACUAUGAACCUGUAUUGUACAUUUCCCACUAGAGUGACUUUCUCUAGAUUAACAUUGGUCCUGAAGUUUAAGCAGACACAAAAUAUCAAAGGUGAUAGCCUCCUGUGCAGGCUUCCAAGUGUGGUAGACAUUUUAACACUGAGUUUUGUAGAAUUGUUGAAGCGUUCUUUUGCCGACCAUUGUAGAACCAAAUGGCCAUCAUAGGACAAACCUGAUGGUUACUAACGUUGUACGAUGGCCAGACAAACGUGUUAACGUUAGGCCACACGGAUCUAAUUUGUUUCUCUGAUUUUUUUCAUAAAAAAGUAUGAAGUGAC